GGUUGGGUUUGUCUUUUUGGUUUGGCUGGGUUACAAAAACUUUGUAUAAUUACAGAAGCAAAGCAAAAUGGGAUCAAAGCUACUCCUCCUUCCUUCUCUGGCUCGUCUGGCAGCACCAACAACUAGAUUGUUCUCUGCCGCAAACAGCAGGAUGGCAACAGAAAACUACGUGUUUGGUCCGUACAAAAUAGACCCAAAAGAAGUGUUUUACUCAACUCCUCUUUCCUAUGCUUUGGUCAACCUUCGUCCUGUUAUUCCUGGUCAUGUGCUUGUUUGCCCAAGGCGUGAAGUGAAGCGUUUUGCUGAUCUCACUGCUGAUGAGAUAAGUGAUUUGUGGCUUGUGGCACAGAAAGUUGGUAAUCGCCUUGAGAGUCACCACCAAGCUACAUCACUUACACUAACAAUCCAGGAUGGACCCCAAGCAGGACAGACAGUGCCUCAUGUUCAUAUCCACAUCCUUCCGAGGAAAGGUGGCGAUUUUCAGAACAAUGAUGAGAUCUACGAUGCAAUCGACGAAAAGGAGAAGGAAUUAAAAGAGAAGCUGGAUUUAGACAAGGAAAGGAAGGACAGAAGUAUAGAGGAGAUGACUAAAGAGGCAGAUGAAUAUAGAUCCCUGCUCCUAUAGAUUUAUCAAGAAUGAGUUCAAAGCUCGCUUAUUUUCAAGAAAAUAUCAUGCAUGUGAAACAUGUUUAUAUGUUGAAAACAUUUCUUAAAAAUGAAUUACUUGAUUUUCUUCCA